AUGUGCAAUCCCUAUGGAAUAUUCAAUGACCCAAAGGAAUCAACCCAGCUCAGCUUGGCAGAGGUUUGUCAGACCAUUGGCGUGGACCUCAACAACAUCGGUUCGGGGAUCAUGAAAGAGUGCACACCUCAACUUGAAUUCAUUAGUAACUUCAAGCGCCAUUGGAGCUCUUCUGAGCCUCGGUCCCUCGGCAUACCUUUGGAGUGGAAACUCAAGAGACCGCCGAAUCCGUGGCAUAUGCAAGAGUUGACGAGUUCAUCCGCGUUGAUGACUUUGAUGCGUCCUAUCGAGAAUCUCCUCAAAUAUCUUAUAGAAGACGAACUCAUCCAACGUCACGACAACUUUGACUCAUUUGCUCCCGAUUUCCUGCUCCGUGCUCCGCGCACAGCCGUGUUGCGAUCUGGAUCCGACAACCCAUUGUCUAUCAACUCAUACUAUUCUCUACACUUCUUCCUCGAAACUGUUGCAUAUCCAGGCGAUGAAGAUACCGCCACAUUUGUCGUCUCCAGCUUUUUUCUGUCGACACCAGGUUGUACGUUGAUGCCUAAGCUUGAGUCGGACUUUCCUCCCAUACUUUCGGGAGCUAAUGCGCGACCAGUCGAGGCUUUCGGACUUCUGAUGGAUCCUAUGUUUCCGUUUUCCAUCAACUCCAAAGCUGCCAGGGCAAGCAUCAUUCAGCCUGCGCUGCUCAUCGGAAUGAAAGGACCUUCUCAAUGGCCCACACUUCCGUCUGUCAUAUCCCCUUCGACCCCACAAGUAUCAUUGGAUCAAAAGUUACAUGACUUGUCCCAGCUCAUACAACCGAAUCUGGUCGCACAUCUGGUCAAUUGGUACUUAAAGAAUAAGGGGAAGCUGGGCUCUCCGCUACCUCCGUGGUUCAUGCUAUUCGGGAUAUUGUAUGAUGCCGACGGUCUUGUGAUCGUCGCUCACAUUCCAUAUGUCAACACAUCUUCAUCAUCUACGUCAUCCACGCAGUCGCUUGCCUACCUCUCCUGUGUGGUCGAUUAUAUACCAAUGGUCGGUCUGGCACGGCGUACGCCCCUGUCAGUACAACAAUCUCCGGUCCUGAACAACGUCAGAGCUGCAUUGGCUCUGUCGACGCUCCAGAGGCACGCAUACAACAUGACGACACAAUGGGAAGGGGUUGCGUGGCCUGUCUCAGUUGUGACAUCGGCUGGUAUAUCAAACUUACAUCUCAGAGAGUUAUUUCCGGACGGGGCCUCAGGCUCUGAUGGAGCUGACCACGAUAGAACGGGAUCCAGCACUGAUGAAGGCACUGAUGAAGAGGACGAAGAAGAAGAAGAAGGGCUCGAUAUGGGUGCCGGGGUCGUAGAUGGAGAUGGAGAUGGAGAUGGAAUCGAAGUCGAAGUCGAGGUCGAGGUCGAAAAUUCAAUCGAAGAGAGCGAGAUGAUCAGUGAAGACAGCGACGAUGAUGAAGAGCGUUUCAAGAAUUGUGAAACAGACCCAGCAGAGACGGAAAUAGAAGAAGACAUCGACGCUAAGACCGAAGGCGUCCCUGAAAUUACUCACAACAAAAUCAUUACCGGGCUAUACAACGAGACGGGCAGCGUUAACAGUGACCUUGAUAUGGGGAUAGAUGGAGAGGACGCCGAUGGUGAACGAAUUCAAAGACGGGGGUUCUCUCGCCACCAGAAGCAUCAGUUGUGGCGAGAUGACGAAGAGACGCGACGGGAGAUACGAACUGACAUUUCGGCACGGUUCAAUCAGGUGUGUCGAUCCGACAAUUUUGAUUUUGAUGGCAAGGCACUGAACUGGCACUGA